AUAUGGGGAGGGAGAUUAUUAUGGGAUGUCUGGCCCCUGAUCUCUUUGUGUCUAUGCAAAGGGUGUAAGUGGCAGAAGGAGAAACUGCGACGUUGUGUGCAUCCUACAGCUGAGGAAAAAAAAAUAUCUGGAUAUACUUUCACUACUUACUCAUUAGAAACAGGAAGAUCACACUUUGCAUUUAAGUGUUGAUGAGAAGGAGCCAAAGCAACGUGGGGACAUAUUUUAUUGCAUUAUUUUUUAUAUUUUUUGAAAAAAGGAACAGGUCAAGUUGUGAAGGCACCAGAGGAGGUGAAAAUCGGCAUACAAGUGUUCACGAUCCCCUCUGGCUGGUGUAAUCAACAAUAUGUCCGGCAGUGAGGACGAUAGAGACGAUUUUGAACAUCGGUCUGUGAUGCAAGAAGAGGACGACCUCGAAGAGGAGUUGUCAGAGAAUGAUGCCCCAAAGGUGAAAAAGAAGAAGAAAGCCAAAAAAAGUAGCCGCGAGAGCAAAGGCAGCAAGAGAAAUCGCUCCCGCAGAGAGGAAAUUGGCAUCAGUUCUCCAGAACCAGGUGAAGGCCCAGAUCUGGACGAUGGUGAGGAGGACCGCUCGGAAAGUGAAGGUAGUGACUACACACCAGGCAGAAAAAAGAAGAAGAGAGCCAGCACAGCGAAGGAUAAGAAGCGAAACAGUUCUGCCGCAGAGAGAAACUCUGCUGCCUCCAAACGGAGGGAACCGGAGGAAGAGGAAGACGAGGAUGAUGACGAUUCUGAACCAAAAAGUUCCUCUCAGCUUUUGGAUACCUGGGGAAUGGAGGACAUCGACCAUAUUUUCACCGAGGAAGAUUAUAGGACUCUGACCAACUAUAAAGCCUUCAGCCAGUUUGUCAGGCCUCUGAUCGCAGCCAAGAACCCCAAAAUUGCGGUUUCCAAGAUGAUGAUGGUUCUGGGAGCGAAGUGGCGGGAGUUCAGCACUAACAAUCCUCUGCGGGGCUCUGCUACAUCUCUGGUGGCCGCUGCCUCUGUCGAAACGCCACCGGAAACUCCAACCUCUGCAUCCGCAGCUCAGAUCAGCCCCGAGUCCACGCCAGCAGCUCCCGUUCGCAAGGCCAAGACAAAAGAGGGCAAGGGUCCCAAUGCACGCAAGAAGUCCAAACCAGCUCCUAAACCCCAGGAGAAGAAGGUCAAAACCAAAAAGGUGGCUCCCUUGAAGAUCAAACUAGGAGGCUUCAACAGCAAGAGGAAACGCUCAUCUAGUGAAGAGGAUGAUGUUGAUGUGGACAGUGACUUUGACGACGGCAGUAUUAACAGCGUGUCUGUUUCAAAUGGAUCGAAUAGUCGUAGCAGUCGCAGCAGCGCCAAAAAGAAGCCCAAAAAGAAGACGAAAAAGGCAGAUGAAGAUGGUGAUGGCUAUGAGACAGAUCAUCAGGAUUACUGUGAGGUCUGCCAGCAGGGAGGUGAGAUCAUUCUCUGUGACACCUGUCCACGGGCCUAUCACAUGGUCUGCUUGGACCCCGACAUGGAGAAGGCCCCUGAGGGUACCUGGAGCUGCCCACACUGCGAGAAGAUGGGCAUCCAGUGGGAGGCUCGUGAAGACGCGUCUGAGGGCGAGGAGGAUAAUGAGGCAGGAGGAGAGGCCGAAGAAGACGACCAUCACAUGGAGUUCUGCAGAGUCUGUAAGGAUGGCGGAGAGCUGCUGUGCUGCGACUCAUGCCCUUCGUCAUACCACAUCCACUGCCUGAACCCACCGCUGCCCGAGAUCCCCAACGGAGAGUGGAUCUGCCCUCGCUGCACUUGUCCCUCUAUGAAAGGUAAAGUGCAGAAGAUUCUGACGUGGCGCUGGACUGAACCUCCACCGCCGACCCCUGUCCCACGUCCCUCUGACCUGCCAACUGAUGCUCCUGACCCCACACCUCUGGCUGGACGUCCUGAGAGAGAGUUCUUCGUUAAAUGGCAGAAUAUGUCCUACUGGCACUGCUCCUGGGUUACUGAGCUGCAGCUGGAGAUUCACUGUCAGGUGAUGUUCAGAAACUACCAGCGCAAGAACGACAUGGACGAACCUCCCCCCAUAGACUUCGGAGGUGAAGGAGAAGAGGAGAAGAGCGACAAGAGAAAGAAAAAAGACCCCACAUACGCACGGAUGGAGGAGAAGUACUACCGCUUCGGCAUCAAGAUGGAGUGGAUGGUCAUUCAUCGAAUCCUGAACCACAGUGUGGAUAAGAAGAACAACUGUCACUACCUCAUCAAAUGGAGGGACUUAACAUAUGAUCAAGCCACAUGGGAGUUGGAGGAUAUGGAUUUACCAGACUAUGACACGUAUAAACUGCAGUACUGGAACCACAGGGAGCUGAUGAUGGGUGAUGAAGGUAAACCAGGAAAGAAGAUCAAGAUCAAAGGGAAGAUGCGCAAACUGGACCGACCUCCAGAGAAUCCUGUCGUGGAUCCCACCAUUAAGUUUGAGCGUCAGCCGGAUUAUCUGGACACCACAGGCGGAACGCUGCACCCAUAUCAGCUUGAAGGGCUCAACUGGCUGCGCUUCUCUUGGGCUCAGGGAACCGACACCAUCCUAGCAGACGAGAUGGGGCUGGGAAAGACUGUGCAGACUGCUGUGUUCCUCUAUUCACUGUAUAAAGAGGGUCAUUCUAAAGGCCCGUUCCUGGUCAGUGCACCGCUGUCCACCAUCAUCAACUGGGAGAGAGAGUUUGAGAUGUGGGCUCCGGACAUGUACGUAGUCACAUAUGUGGGCGACAAAGACAGCAGGGCCGUCAUCAGAGAAAACGAGUUCUCCUUCGAAAACAACGCCAUCCGUGGUGGCAAGAAACCCUCCAAGAUGAAGAAAGAAGCCUCCGUCAAGUUUCACGUGCUGUUGACCUCCUAUGAGUUGAUCACUAUUGACACAGCCGUUCUGGGCUCCAUCGACUGGGCCUGUCUGGUUGUUGAUGAGGCCCACAGACUGAAGAAUAACCAGUCGAAGUUUUUCAGGAUACUGAACAACUACCCGCUGCAGCAUAAGCUGUUGUUGACAGGAACACCACUGCAAAACAACCUAGAAGAGCUUUUCCAUCUGCUCAACUUCCUCACGCCGGAGAGAUUCAGUAAUCUUGAGGGUUUCUUGGAGGAGUUUGCGGACAUCGCCAAGGAAGACCAGAUCAAAAAGCUUCAUGACAUGCUGGGACCACACAUGCUCAGGAGACUCAAAGCCGACGUGUUCAAGCACAUGCCUUCAAAAACAGAGCUGAUUGUGCGCGUGGAGCUCAGCCCCAUGCAGAAGAAAUAUUACAAGUUCAUCCUAACCCGAAACUUCGAGGCUCUGAACACUCGUGGUGGAGGAAAUCAGGUUUCUCUGCUGAAUGUGGUCAUGGACUUGAAGAAGUGCUGUAACCAUCCUUAUCUAUUCCCUGCUGCUGCUAUGGAAGCUGCCAAAAUGCCCAAUGGGAUGUAUGAGGGUGGUGGCCUGACUAAAUCUUCUGGAAAACUGCUGCUACUGCAGAAGAUGCUGCGCAAGCUGAAGGAGGGUGGACACAGGGUGCUCAUCUUCUCUCAGAUGACCAAAAUGUUGGACCUGCUGGAGGAUUUCCUGGAGAAUGAGGGCUACAAAUAUGAACGUAUUGAUGGAGGAAUCACAGGAGGCAUGAGGCAGGAAGCCAUUGACCGCUUUAACGCUCCUGGUGCUCCUCAGUUUGUUUUCCUGCUCUCGACCAGAGCUGGUGGUUUGGGUAUCAAUCUGGCAACCGCAGACACCGUCGUCAUCUACGAUUCAGACUGGAACCCUCACAAUGACAUUCAGGCCUUCAGCAGAGCUCACAGGAUUGGUCAAAACAAGAAGGUGAUGAUCUACCGCUUUGUAACCAAAGCUUCUGUAGAAGAGCGAAUUACUCAGGUGGCCAAGAAGAAGAUGAUGUUGACUCACUUGGUUGUGCGUCCUGGAUUGGGCUCAAAGACUGGUUCGAUGUCUAAACAGGAGCUCGAUGACAUUCUUAAAUUCGGUACAGAGGAGCUAUUUAAGGACGAGGGAGAAGGAGAGAACAAAGAAGGACAAGAGGACAGCAGUGUGAUUCACUAUGAUGACAAAGCCAUCGAUCGCCUGCUGGAUCGUAAUCAGGAUGCGACCGACGACACGGAGCUCCAGAGCAUGAACGAGUAUCUCAGCUCCUUUAAAGUGGCGCAGUAUGUGGUCAAGGAUGAGGAAGAGGCGGAGGAGGAAGUUCAGAGGGAAAUCAUCAAGCAGGAGGAAAGUGUGGAUCCAGAUUACUGGGAGAAACUCCUCCGACACCAUUAUGAGCAGCAGCAGGAGGAUUUGGCUCGUAAUCUGGGCAAGGGCAAGCGAAUCCGCAAACAGGUCAACUACAACGACGGCUCUCAGGAGGACAGAGAUUGGCAGGACGAUCAAUCUGACGGCCAAUCAGACUAUUCGGUUGCCUCAGAGGAAGGAGACGAGGACUUUGACGAGCGAUCAGAAGCCAAUUCACGGCGACCCAACAGGAAAGGCCUCAGAAACGACAAAGACAAACCACUGCCCCCCCUGCUGGCCAGAGUGAGCGGCAACAUAGAGGUGUUGGGUUUCAAUGCUCGUCAAAGGAAGGCUUUCCUGAAUGCUGUGAUGCGUUAUGGCAUGCCACCUCAGGACGCCUUCACGACACAGUGGCUGGUCAGAGACCUGCGAGGCAAAUCAGAGAGAGAGUUUAAGGCUUAUGUCUCUCUCUUUAUGCGGCACUUGUGUGAACCUGGCGCAGAUGGUGCUGAAAGCUUUGCAGAUGGUGUUCCUCGAGAGGGACUUUCACGGCAGCACGUCCUCACGCGCAUCGGUGUGAUGUCGCUCAUCCGAAAGAAGGUGCAAGAGUUUGAGCAUGUGAACGGUCAGUGGUCGAUGCCCUGGAUGAUGGAGCUGAGCGAGAAUAAGACCACGUCCACCGCCGGCAGCCAUCCAGACUCUCCCAGCAAAACCCCCACUACUGGCACUCCAUCAGACACCCAGCCUAACACACCUGCUCCAGACGGUGUUCCCAAAGCAGAAGAUGCUGGUAAAGAUGCUGAUAAAGAAAAGGUGAAAAAUGGAGACGGAGAGAAGGAGGCCAAUGAAAACAAAAACAGUGAAGUCAUUGCUGUUCCGGAUGAAGAUGGCCGAGCUGCUUCUGCGUCUGAGGAGAAAGAGAAAGGCAAAGAGGAGAAGGAGAAGACGCCUGAAUCCUCCUCGGAGGCAGAAAAGGCUGAUGGGAAGCAGGAAGAGAAGGAAGAAGAAAACGCCAAGUCGGGAGACUCUGAGGAGAAAACUGAUGAUACAGACAAACCCAAAGGAUCUGAGGCCGACAAGGAGACUUCAGACGCCAAAGGAGAAAAGAAGGAUGAUGAGCCUGAGAAGAUGGACACAACUCCUGUUACAGAUGAGAAGAAAGGUCAGAAGGAUGAGAAAGAUUCUGGUAAAACAGAAGAAGCGGGAAAACUGCCUAAUGGAGAAAGUGCCAAAGACAGCGCAGCGGGAGCAGGAAUUGAGGAGAGGAAGAAAGCCAAAACACGGUUCAUGUUCAACAUUGCAGAUGGAGGAUUCACCGAAUUGCACUCCCUGUGGCAGAAUGAGGAACGAGCUGCUACAGUCACUAAGAAAACCAAUGAGAUCUGGCAUCGUCGUCAUGACUACUGGCUCCUCGCAGGCAUCAUCCAACACGGGUACGCUCGCUGGCAAGACAUUCAGAAUGACGUCCGGUUCGCCAUUCUUAACGAACCCUUCAAAGGAGAGAUCAACAGAGGAAACUUCCUGGAGAUCAAAAACAAGUUUCUUGCCCGGAGGUUCAAGUUGCUCGAGCAGGCUCUGGUGAUUGAAGAACAGCUGCGCAGAGCUGCGUAUCUGAACAUGACUGAAGACCCGUCUCACCCCUCCAUGGCUCUCAACACACGCUUCAGUGAAGUGGAGUGUCUGGCCGAGUCCCACCAGCACCUGAGCAAAGAGUCCAUGUCUGGAAACAAACCUGCCAACGCCGUCCUACAUAAAGUACUGAAGCAGCUGGAGGAGUUGCUAAGUGACAUGAAAGCCGAUGUCACUCGUCUCCCGGCAACCAUCGCCAGGAUACCGCCUGUUGCAGUGAGGCUGCAGAUGUCUGAAAGAAACAUUCUCAGCCGUUUGGCCAGCAGAGGACCAGACACACAGAGUCAGCAGGUGCAGCAGUAGCCUAUCAGACUGCAGUCCUGAGCGCCGCACACCACGUCUACAUUCCUGAUUGCACAUGAUCUUCUCGUCUUAGCUUGAAUCCACAGCCUCGUACUGUCCGCUCAACCCUCACGGCUGUGGGUCUCCAAGCUGUCGUUUUUUUUUUUUUAUUAUUUUAAUUAUUAUUUUCCUAAUUAAUAUUGUUUACAUAAUAUUGUUGUUGAUGGUUUUUGGGACCUCAAUAAAAAUGUUCAAUAAAAAGGUUUCUUUUCCUUUUAA